GUCAUUGCCAGCCUCAGAGUACCGAGUUGAGUGUAUUUUUCUCUCGUCGCCGCUGGAGGCUGCCAUUGCGCCUGUAAUAUGAGCUGCUCCGGCCGGCUGCAGUCUGGCUGCUGUCUCCGCUGGCAGAGUUCGUGCUGGAGGAGGAGGGUGCCGUUUCCCAUCGCUCUCGCUGACCAGGCGCCAAGUGUAGCAGUCCCGUCCGCAGUCUGCCUCAGCACCUCAUACGCCCGCAAUGUCCUUGGAUACUGGAGCCUGCCCUCUCCUGCACCGCUCUGACUGACUGUACCUCCAAACGUGGCGCUCUGGAUAUUUACCUCACUGUCCCGAGUCCUCUGCGCUGCGUUAAGCGAAUGGAGACGCUCCAAGGAUAACAGAGGGUGCAGGAUUGCGCUACUGCAGGAAACCUGCCGGUAGUUCGCUGCCCCAGGGGGGGUGGGGUGGGGGGGCUGCCUGUCUGUCAGAGGCUGUGGUGUCGCAUCCACUAUUUUCAUUCCCUCAAAUCGCCUUGCAUGGAUACAUCAUGGCAACGCUUAUAUGCAGGGUGCAGUUCUUAGAUGAUACUGAUCCAUUUAACAGCACCAAUUUCCCCGAGCCCACCAGACCACCUCUGUACACUUUCAGGGAAGAUAUUCCUCUAAUAAAUCAGAUCGCUGGAGUCCACAGGCUGCUGAAAGCUCCUCAGAAGCCGGAUGACUGUGCCCUUCAGCUGUCCCAUAAUGGAAGCUACCUGGACUUGGAGUCAACUCUGGCAGAGCAGAGAGAUGAGCUGGAGGGAUUUCAGGAGGAAGGAGGGAGAGGCAAGAAGCACAGCAUUAUUCUACGGACGCAGCUCUCUGUUAGAGUUCAUGCCUGCAUUGAAAAACUGUACAACUCAACUGGACGAGAGCUACGGAGGGCCCUUUUUUCCCUCAAGCAGAUCUUUCAGGAUGAUAAGGACCUGGUGCACGAGUUUGUUGUGGCAGAAGGUCUCACGUGUUUGAUAAAAGUGGGAGCUGAAGCCGACCAGAACUACCAGAACUACAUCCUCAGGGCUCUCGGUCAGAUAAUGCUGUAUGUGGACGGGAUGAAUGGCCUCAUAUCUCACAAUGAAACAGUCCAGUGGCUCUACACUCUGGUGGGAUCUAAGUUCCGUCUGGUGGUGAAGACCGCUCUGAAGCUGCUGCUGGUGUUUGUGGAGUACACUGAGUCUAACGCUGCCCUGCUCAUAAAGGCUGUGAACAUUGUUGAUGCAAAACAAGACACGAAACAGUGGUCACACAUCACAGAGAUCCUGGAUGAGAAGGAUGGAGUGGACACAGAGCUGCUGGUGUAUGCAAUGACACUCAUCAAUAAGACUCUGGCAGGCCUCCCGGACCAGGACUCCUACUACGAUAUGGUGGACAGUCUGGAGGAGCAGGGCAUCGAGGUCAUGGCCCAGAGACACCUGAGCAGGAAGGGCACUGACUUGGACCUUGUGGAACAGUUCAACAUAUAUGAGGUGACUCUCCGGCAUGAAGACGGUGACGAUGAAACACAGUUGCCUCCAAGCGGCCGCAAGGAUCGCCGCCGGGCCAGUGUCGGUGGCACAAAUGAGAGGCGUGGCCUGGAGAGAAGACGCAGCCGGAGACAUUCGCUUCAGAACAGCAGAGGCCACGCUUCUGCCCCCGCUUCACCCAGCACCCCUCACACUCCUGCCAGCAGCUUCCUGCCUUUUGGUGGCCAACGCGUUGAAGACAUCAGUGAAAGUAUGACUGAUAUAAACAACUUGCCUCCAUCUAACACAGAAAGAAAGCCCUGCUGGGCAGAAAGAAUCAGUGCAAAUGGCACUCCAUACCCUGGCAGGCACCAGGCUCCUUCAUCACCCAUCCAUCGCUUCACUAGUUCAGCAACCUCCACACCAGACUCUAAAUCCACAGACAGACCUGCUUUGGGUGGCUUGCUAUCUUCAUCGUACAGACAGCAUCAGGAGUCUCUGGCUGCAGAGAGAGAGAGGAGACGUGUGGAAAGAGAGGAGCGACUGCUGAGAAUCGAAAGAGAAGAGAGGAACCGCUUUAAUCGGGAUUAUGUUGACAAGAGAGAAGAAGCAAAACAAGCCAGAGAGGAAAGGUACAAAGCUGUGGAGAGGUUAGCUGCAGAGGAGUUUGAGCGAGAACGCCCAAGGGUGACAACCAGAGGGCGGACAGAGAUCACUUUGUGUUUGAGUCCCACACCUGCAAGCCGCUCAGUCUCCCGCUGUGCCACUCCCUCACCCAUUGUCUCACAGGAAGACACCGUCAGCACUGCACAUCAGACAUCAGUUUCUUUGCCAGGAACAGAACAUGUCUCAGAGCCAAACCUUGACCCAAAGACCCGGACCAAGAGUCCAGCACCAGAGUUUACAACAUCACAGCCUUCCCCCACACCUCCCUCUAAGCCAGACAAGCAGCAGACUGAGACAGAGUCGUCUGCAGAGACGGAGGAUGCUGCUGAGUCCGACCAGAGGUCAGCGGCAGAGCCGGCAUCAGAUGAACAGUCAGGCAUGGAAAAGGAAGAGGAGCAGGAGAAGCUGGAGGAACAGGAACAGAGUGUGCCUGAAGUAGUGAUAGUAGAAGAGCAUGUAGAAGUAGUAGAAGUAGCAGAUGUAGCAAAAGCUGAAGAGCCAAAUGUGGAGGUGAAUGUAGAGUUAGAGGAGGAGUUUGAGAAGGAGCAAACGACAGAAAGGGAUGUAGAAGAAAGUGUACUGCUGAGUGAGAAAGAGAGACAGAAUGAGGAAGUGAAUGAAAAGGACAACUGCUCUGCGUCCAGCAUCUCCUCCACCAGCAGCACUCUGGAGAGGGAGGAGCGAGAGGAGAAACUCACCAAUGACAUCGACGCAGGCCAGUGGACUCCGUGCAUUAAAGACGCAGAUGUGAAUGACCACUGCAACAAAAUACUGAACAGCAAGCGCUUCAUGCUGGACAUGCUCUACGCUCAGAAGACGACUGAAAGUAGUGAAGGGAAUGUUGAAGAAACAGAAAAAGACAAGUGUAAUUGUGAGAAGGACACAGAGGUCAGUGAUUCAACUGUUGCUAGCUUAGCCAGCAGGAUCUCCACGCUGGAAGCUCACAGACAAGCCAGGGAAGAAAAUGUGAAGAAAAUGGAGGUGGGACAUUUGGACAACCAGGGAAGUGUGCGAGCAGUUGCAGAGAAGUUUGGAGAUUUAGUGAAAGGCCUGACGGCUCCUCUUGAGGUUGACACCUCUAAAGAGCAGCAGCAGUCUGACAAAUCCCCCACAGCCCCGUCAUUACCCCCGAAGAAAGAGUCAGAUCAUAUCUGGGACCAGCUGAUGGCCACACCCAGAGAGCUGCGGAUUAAAGAGAUGGACUUCACAGACCUGAAGGAGGAGGAUGACAUGGACAUCUUAGAUGUGGACAGUGUGAUGGGGUCAGGUGACCUAAUAGCACCACCUCCCCCUCCUGCACUGCCACCACCCCCACCCCUCUUUGGUUGCCCCCCUCCCCCUCCCCUCCUUGGCAAAAUGAUGCCCCCACCCCCACCGUUCAUGGCACCCAUCCCUCCACCCUCCCCUCAGCUGAGUCGAGGGGAGAUUCCUCUCUUCCAGAAGAAGAAGAAGACAAUCCGUCUCUUCUGGAACGAGGUGCGUCCAAUUGACUGGCAGUGCAAGAGUCAUAAAUUCUGUAAGGAGUCCCUCUGGUCCAAACUGGAGCCCGUAAAACUGGACACAUCCAAGCUGGAGCAGCUGUUUGAGUCCAAAUCCAAGGAGCUGCCUGUCACAAAGAAAGCAGCUGUCGAUGGCAAACGACAAGAAAUCAUAGUCCUGGAUUCAAAGCGCAGCAACGCCAUAAACAUCGGUUUGACUGUCUUACCUCCCCCGCGAACCAUAAAGACGGCUAUCCUCAACUUUGAUGAGUACGCACUGAACAAGGAAGGCAUUGAGAAAAUCCUGACGAUGAUCCCCACAGAGGAGGAGAAGCAGAAGAUCCAGGAGGCUCAGCUGGUCAACCCUGAUAUUCCCCUGGGCAGUGCGGAGCAGUUCCUCCUCACCCUCUCCUCCAUCACAGAGCUGUCUGCUCGCCUGCAGCUGUGGGCGUUCAAGAUGGACUAUGAGCUUAUUGAGAAGGAGGUAGCAGAGCCUCUGCAAGACCUGAAGGAAGGAAUGGACCAGCUCGACAAAAACAAGACACUCCGCUAUAUCUUGUCCACACUGCUAGCCAUCGGCAACUUCCUCAACAGCACUAACGCAAAAGGCUUUGAGCUGGGCUACUUAGAGAAAGUCCCAGAGGUGAAGGACACGGUUCAUAAGCAGUCCUUGCUGCACCACACCUGCGCCAUGGUGGUGGAAAAGUAUCCAGACAGCACUGACCUUUACUCUGAGAUCGGAGCGAUCACCCGCUUAACAAAGGUGGACUUUGACCAACUCCAAGACAAUCUGGCCCAGAUGGAGCGAAGGUGCAAAGCAUCAUGGGAUCAUCUCAAAGUCAUUGCAAAGCAUGAGAUGAAACCAGCGCUGAAACAAAAAAUGUCUGACUUCCUGAAAGACUGUGCAGAGAGAAUAAUAAUUCUGAAGAUUGUACAUCGGAGAAUAAUCAACAGGUUUCAUGCCUUUCUGCUGUUCCUGGGCCAUCCGGUAUACGCAGUGCGUGAGGUCAGCAUUCAUCGCUUUAGCAAGAUCUUGAGUGAAUUUGCCCUGGAGUAUCGCACAACAAGAGAGCGCGUGCUGCAACAGAAACAGAAGAGGGCCAACCACCGGGAGAGGAACAAGACCAGGGGAAAAAUGAUAACAGAUAGCGGUAAAUUUGGCGGUGCUCCAUCAGACGCACAGGAGACGCAGCCUCAGGGGAUCCAGUAUGCUGAGGAUGCAGCUGAACACGAGAACAUGAAGGCCGUGCUGAAGAGCAGCCCGGUGGGAGGAGAGGGUGGGACUUCUACUGUGCCUGGCCUACGAACACGCACCAGAGCCAGCAGCACCAGAGGGCGUGUCCCCCCAUGGUGCUCUGCCACUGAUGACCCGGUGAACUGCACAGACGACACAGCUGAUGAGAUCAUGGAGAGGAUCGUGAGGUCAGCCACUCAGGGGCCUAGCCAGAGGACCCAGCCACGGGAGAGGAGACGAUCCCGAGCCAACAGAAAAUCAUUGAGAAGGACACUGAAGAGUGGUUUGACAACAGAGGAGGCAAACGCUCUCGGCCUGUCCAGCGGUUCAGAGAUGCAGGUGUGAGCUGGACAGAAAGACGUCUGGGAGCCUGCUCCCUGCCCUCCACUGCCCACUCCAUCCUGACACCCACUCCACUCUGGCUCUAAAACCGCCCCAGCUUUAAUGAGUUGACCUCAUUUUUAUGCGUUUGGCUUCACACCAGUGCUUCCUGAGGAGAGGAGAUACAACGGGGAGCUGCGUUCAAAAACACCUAGCUUUGCUUUUGCUGGAUAAACAUCAGUGAACCACAUUCACAAGGCUAAUUAGCAAUCAUCCUAUGAAUGCAGCUCUGCAUACACAAUAAAGUAUGUUUUUUUUUUAAGGGCGAGGGCAUCAAAUGGGAUGGCAGAACUUGUGUUUCAGCCUCCGUGGCCUUGACUGAAUCCAAAGGGCUUGAAGUGUGAAAGUGACACAAAACUGUGGUGCUUGGGUUCAGAGUCUGCCCUGCAGCUUCAGAAUCUAAAGAAUUUUCAUCUAUUGAAUAGAUGGCUUUGUGCAGAAGGUUUUUUCUGUUAAAUACUACUGUGGUAGUUUUCAUUUUUCUCAAGAAGGUGCUCAAAUAAGGAACAAUUGCACUGGAUGUAAAAGUUGGGUAUCAAUGUGAAAUCCUUUGACACUGAUGAACAUCUGAAAUUAUACUCAACAGUUGAACCAGCAAAUCAACAGUAGCACAGUUUUUAACCUCUCAUCGUGAUGGACAGAUUCCAGGCAGAGUGUGUUUAAAGUCUUUGUCACACAUCUACAGAAGUUCAUCAGGAAGACAUUGUUACUGCAGGUGAUACUGGUGACACCACUGGUUUCAGCCCUGUCUCAUCAAGCAAACAUUUCAAGCUUAAAUAAACACAUAUGUUGCGUCAUGUGACAUCGUCUCACUGUUUGAAAGGAGGGCAGGUGCAGUGUUACAGUUGAGCAACCUUCAUUUGGCUAUGUGGGUUUAUUUUCCAGAGACUAUGAGCUGCACACGUCAGAGUGCCUUUAUGAGACAGUUAUUUAUUAAGACGUUUUCAGGGACAAUUAACCUAGAAAUUGUUACGACAUGUGAGGGGGUUAGAGGACUAUAUUACAAUGAACAUCAUAAUUAAUGUGCUGUGAUUUAUUUGAAACCAGUGUUUUUAAAACUUGUCCAAGCAAACGUUUAGUUAUAUCCUUGUUAUUAAAAACUUGGAUCACAUAGUUUAGAAUGGCGAUAGCUUUAGAUGAUUUCUGACAACAUAGGGAUUUCUGCAUAUAUUAGCUGUAUCCAGUUGCCUUACUGUAGAAUAUGGACAUGCAUUGUUUCACUCUGGUGAAGAUCCAGGUGCAAUAGAGGAGCUGAGCAUAGACCAGGCCAAAUUAACAUGUAAUUCCUCUUUCAUCACUGGACAUCUCUGUAACUAAGUUAACAUAUGAGUAUCUUUACCCUUAGGAAAACUAUGAAUGUGAAGAUCAGGGGUUAUGUGAUAAUUGGUAACAUGGGUGCACAUAAAAUCUCCAUUAUUUAUCUAUUUAAAAACAAAACUCUCUAUUGAAGUAAAAAAAGGAGGAGCCUGCAGUUUUAACUUUUGGUCAUGUGCAUCUGUUUGAUCAUUUAGAAUGGCCUCAGCUAACAUAACAUGCACAACUUCAGAUUAUGUCGAGGUUAAUGUGUCCACUUGCAAAUUUUCACUGUGAUGGAAACGUAGCCAUUGGAAAGAAAUAAGAAUCUAGUGCAACAUCGUGAUGAAACUUCAUUAAACCACACCAGCAGUACGUUUUUUUUGUUUAGAAUUUACUGAAACUUAUUCAGCACCUUAGACUCAAUGUGUAGCAUGCAUCUUUAGUAGUUAUAUUGAGGGGAGCUCAUUGUUUUGUUUGUGCUGAUUGUUGUCAUUAACAAGGCAGAGUUAGAUUUGUAAAGUUAUCUAGAAGAAGGCUGUAAAAACGAUGUACAUGUCAUGACCGUGUCUUUUGUGUUCUGUUGUUUUGCUCCAUGUGUAGAAUAGUGUAUUAUAGACUGAAAGCAGUAUUAUUCUAAAUAUAAUUUAAGAAAACCAAGCCAUGUAUGGUUUAAGAGCGUCACUUCUGCUUGAUCCAACGGGAGGUUCACUUGCACAGCUGUGGGUUUCAACUCCACUGACUGUAAUGUGAACACGUUGUCAAACAUACAGGAUGACCCUAAUCUGUUAGUCCUGUGGAUCACUACGAAGCCUUUUGAUUUCACUGCACUCGAUGUUUCCUCUCUUUAUAAUUUAACAUUAGCACACCACACACAUUGCUGCCUGUGCCAUAGCAUCACUGUGGAACCUAGACACAAGUGCUUAACAUGCAAGGCUUCUAUUGCGUCAAUGCCCACAGCAAAAACUAUGUACCAUCUAAAAUAAAAGGCUCAUUACAACGUCA